CCGCGCGCGCGAGCCUCCGCCCCGCGCACACUCGAUAGUGUAUUUACAUUAUUCGGCGUCGAGACUCGAACGAAUUGCUCUUCAUCGAUAUAUUCGAAAAAGAUACUACUCUACUAAUUGUGAACUUGUACUGUUUUUGUCUGUGUUGUGGAACUGAGGUGUUUGUGUUGUGUUUUCAAUCAUUUGAAAACUGGAUUUUAUUAAUUGAAUUUUCGAUUCAAUUUCCCAUCGCCACCUCUCCACUGAACAUCAGCUUACCAUGGGCUAGCGUUAUCACGACACCAUAAAUAUGAAUGAGAGUCGCGAGCGCAUCCGUCGUGAGCGGGAGAGGGAGAAGAACACAUACACCUCUCCUCGUCUCGCUCUACGCCGAGUGUUGCUCCUGUCUGAAGGAAGACAAUUCAGAGAAGCAGCAGCCAUUAUAUCCCGACUUGGUCCUGGAGUUUUGCAGUCUGUGGCCACAGACUUACCGAUAGACCUGCUAGUAGAAGCUCUACCACAUUCUUCUCAUCUACUGGAGACUCUGUUGAACAGAUUAAUAUCCUUGGAAGUGUCACCCCGGCCUGAUGUACAAUGCGAAACGAUCGCAUGGCGGCUAGUCGGGCUUCUCGGGGGCGAGCAUGGGACAGCGUUAAAGGCCCGCACCUCGCGCCUGGCCACGGCCUUGACCGUUUACACUCCGAUAGCUCGAGACACUGUUGAUAACAGAAGGAGGCAGCUCGAUGCUGCUGUACAAGGUCUGGGCACACACGGGCUGACGGCGGACUCGACGGGGACGCUCAUCUCCUUACACGUGGCAAUGAAGAACGAACUGCAGCGACAUGUCGAUGUCUACAAACAAGCGUUGCACAAACUCGAGGAAUUGUCACCAGUAACCAUAAACCAGGACCCAGCCUCAUCAUCCCACCAGCGUCUCCUCGCCCUGUCCCAUGCCGACGUGGAGCGCCGCCUCAUCGAUAACAAGUCCCUCCUCACCAUUGUGGACAAGCCCGCCUUGAGGCAACUGCCGACGCUGGUCGCUUCGCUCGCCGCCAGGGUUGAGAGCGAUAAAGCGGUUUUGGCUUGUGUGGGACAGAUCAAGAGAAGUGACCCUACUUUGGAUUUGACUGAUACUCGGCCCGUAGCAGGAGUGCUGAUGAGCUACUCGCGCGGGUGCGCAGCGGUGCUCAGUCAAAUGAACGAAAGCGACGGAGGCAGUUCCGAGUCGCGUCACAGCGAGCGCUCGCAGCCCGACUCCGCCAGCGACGGGUACCACUCUGAUAGCGAUGACUCGCAUCAACAGCCUGACAGGAGCAAGUUGGUGACGCAGUACGCUGCAGUCUGGGCUCGUGCUGCUGAGGAGGUAUUGCCAGCGUUGGGCGCCCUCGAACCUCUGCGGCAAACACCUCAUUUGAAAUACAAGAUUGUCUUCUCCGUUGUUGUUCUGUCGUUCCGCGCAGCGAUCAGCCUGCGCGACCGUCGACUAAACGAGGUGAAGACGCUUCUCGGGGCGAACGAGGCGGAGAUCAGGUCCUCAGAUCCGACGGUGACAAGCCUCGUCGCUGCUGCUACGAAGCUGUUGCACGACACAGCACACAGUUUCCCGCUGGGGGAAGCUGAGAGGACUGUUGUCAAUCAGGUGUUGACAACCCUCCGCGAGUACCCGUGCCUUGGCGGCUGCGCCCCGCUGCACGCGCUGGUGGCCGCCGCUUGCCGCGCCGCCUGGACCAUCAGCCUGCACUCGCCACCGCUCCGGAUCGACACAGACUUCACACCGGUGGUGAUGGACCCAGAGAAGCACGUGCGCUUCACGGUGGGGGACGGGCGCGAGCGGCGCUCCGACCUCAUCAAGUCGUUCGUGUGGCCGGCACUUAUGGACGGCAACCGCUGUGUCUUUCGCGCCGUUGUUCUCACUUAGAACUUUCUCGAAUAUUGCGAGCAUUAACAGUAUUUAUUAGUCUGUCGAUUUUAAUAUAUAAUAAAUAAUAUUUUUUAUAUAUUAACAAAUAAUA